GAAAGUGCCCCGAGAGCCGUCCAGGGGCCCCAGGCUGGCCAUCGGGAGAGCCAGGCUUCCCCUCGGAGAGGCAAGGCUGCACCUCUCAGGCUAGGAGGGCUGACCACUGGACCAUAGGAAUGGGAAGGCAGGAUUUCUAACGAGACGGUAGGGGCGCUGAGCCCUUAGCCCUGGGGGAAGGGUGACUUGAACCCAGGACAGGAAAACGGAGCAGCAACCCACUGACCCUGCUCAGACUUUGCCCCUCCAUCCUGACCCUGGGCGGCCCUUUAAGCAGAUGCGCUCCAGUUUUUCUCCAGAGCCUCUACUGCUUGAAUGACGGACUCGAAGCUACUUCCGGCCAUUUCUCCCGCCCGGUCAGAGUCCAGGCAUUCUUAGGUUCCCUCUUCUCACCAUUGUCCUCCCACGCGACUGACGUCACUUCUGGCGGGAGAGAGGGUGGAGGCGUCUUCCCUCGCUUAUCGCAUACUUCCGCCCGCUCUUCCAGUUAGUUCCCUAAGCCGAGUGAAGCCACUUCCGGGCUUCCCGGGCGCCUUCCGCAGUCCUCUUCCGGGUGAUGGCGGCCGGGUGCCCCGGAUGUAGCCCUGGCGCAAGCAUCGCUUCUUUUCUCCACCUCGCCUUCCGCGGAUUACCAGCUUGAGAAACACCUCUUUGCCCCGUCAUGCCAAAGAGGAAAGUGACCUUCCAAGGCGUGGGAGAUGAGGAGGAUGAGGAUGAAAUCAUUGUCCCCAAGAAGAAGCUGGUGGACCCUGUGGCUGGGUCAGGGGGUCCUGGGAGCCGCUUUAAAGGCAAACACUCUUUGGAUAGCGAUGAGGAUGAUGAUGAUGAUGAUGGGGGGUCCAGCAAAUAUGACAUCUUGGCCUCAGAGGAUGUAGAAGGUCAGGAGGCAGCCACACUCCCCAGCGAGGGAGGUGUUCGGAUCACACCCUUUAACCUGCAGGAGGAGAUGGAGGAAGGCCACUUUGAUGCCGAUGGCAACUACUUCCUGAACCGGGAUGCUCAGAUCCGAGACAGCUGGCUGGACAACAUUGACUGGGUGAAGAUCCGAGAGCGGCCACCUGGCCAGCGCCAGGCCUCAGACUCGGAGGAGGAGGACGGCUUGGGCCAGACCCCAAUGAGUGCCCAAGCCCUCUUGGAGGGACUUUUGGAGCUCCUAUUGCCUAGAGAGACAGUGGCUGGGGCACUGAGGCGUCUGGGGGCCCGAGGAGGAGGCAAAGGGAGCAAGGGGCCUGGGCGACCCAGUUCCCCUCAGCGCCUGGACCGGCUCUCCGGGUUGGCCGACCAGAUGGUGGCCCGGGGCAACCUUGGUGUGUACCAGGAAACAAGGGAACGGUUGGCUAUGCGUCUGAAGGGUUUGGGGUGUCAGACCCUAGGACCCCACAAUCCCACACCCCCACCCUCCCUGGACAUGUUCGCUGAGGAGGUGGCGGAGGAGGAACUGGAGACCCCAACCCCUACCCAGAGAGGAGAAGCAGAGUCGCGGGGAGAUGGUCUGGUGGAUGUGAUGUGGGAGUAUAAGUGGGAGAACACGGGGGAUGCCGAGCUGUAUGGGCCCUUCACCAGCGCCCAGAUGCAGACCUGGGUGAGUGAAGGCUACUUCCCGGACGGUGUUUAUUGCCGGAAGCUGGACCCCCCUGGUGGUCAGUUCUACAACUCCAAACGCAUUGACUUUGACCUCUACACCUGAGCCUGCUGGGGGCCCAGUUUAGUGGGCCCUUCUUUCCUGGACUUUGUGGAGGAGGCACCAAGUGUCUCAGGCAGCGAGGAAAUUGGAGGCCAUUUUUCAGUCAAUUUCCCUUUCCCAAUAAAAGCCUUUAGUUGUGUACUGGGGCCUUGGCUGUGCUGAUGGCCAGAAGCCAGGGACCUUCUCCACAGUCCCUUUGGACUUGUCUUGGUCCCUGAGUGCUCCCAUGAAGAUCCUCCUUGGAGGUGCCUGUCAGGUAUCCUGUGGCCUCCCUGCCUGGACUCUGCUUGCCGUGUAAACACCCCCAACUGCGUUGCUCUGUGCUCCUCUCCCAGGUUUCUUGUUCGAUUCCUCUUAGGUCUUUGGCUUUCAGGACCUCAGAUUAUUUAUCCUUGCAGCCACCAGAGGAUAGAGCCCCAGAAGUGGAUCUUUUAGGCCCAGAAGGACCAGGGCAUCGAGAAGACAUUGGGACCCUGUUGGGGGUGAGCAUGGAACCCUCUUACUCUCGCUUCACCCUCUCAAGCUCCUUAGAUGCUGGGCAGAAGUGGGAUGAGUGGCCCAAGACCGAGAUCCCUAAGGUUCUGAGAGCCAGUGUCUUCCCUAAUCUGGCUUUCUUCUAUCCUUGCCGUCGUUCCCACAGCCCUUCAGUGAAGUGCAAACUCAGUGGCCAAGUGUGGGCCAAGUGUGCAUUGUACUGGCACAGAGAGGGGCAGUGACUCACUGGAGGUCACAGGAAUCAAAGGGCUGGCCCAGACCCAGUGGGCUUCUUUCCCAGACCUUUCUUGGCACAAAGCCUUUGCUGCCUGGCCUUGGAGGCCCUGCGGCCUACAUUCUCUGGACCCCACUGUGUGCCUGGCACAGGGCUAGUGCCUUGAGGAAACUGAGGUAGCUGGGUUGGUCCCCUUCCAGGAAUUCAGAGUCUGGUGGCAGGGGCAUGGGAGAUAGACAGAUGUAAUUCUAUAGCCUGGGCCUGGCACCCUCCACCUCCACGCCCCACCAGCAUUGCCUUACGCCUCCCUUGCCCCACGUUAGAUGGUUUCUUCCGGUUUUGCACUCUGGCUGCCCCUUGGAGUCUCCUGGGGAGCUGUAAUAUCUCUUUGGAGAUUCGGAUUGAGCUGGUCUAGGUUGUGGCCCAGGCAUUGGGGCAUUUUGGAAGCCCCCAGGUGUUUUCAGCUUGCAGCCAGGCCGAGAGAGAGCCCCUGGGUCAGAUCCCCAUGGUUUAGGCACACCUAGCGGGAAGGGUGGCUCCUGGACCCCACCGUGGUUGUAGAGCUGAGCAUGUGUGUGGCUUUAGUGGGGUCUGUUAGUUAUGGGGGUCUGGGCACUGGAGCUGCAGGACACUUGGGAUCCCAGCCAGGGCAGAAAGGGCCAGACGAGCAACUAGGAAAGACUUGGGGGCCAGGGCGGAGUGGGGUUACCUGACACUCUUGUGAGGCCCCUUCUAGUGCCUGCUCACACCGGAAUUUCAUUCACUCCAAGAAGCCAUCAGGGGUAAGAUACCUUCCUUUAAACGUCACUAAGAAAGAAGUGGCCUGCUGGUGACACAGUAAGAUGCCAUUGAUCUAAAGAUGCGUCUUGAUUUCAGAAAGGUCUGGAAGUGGAAAGCAGGUUUCAGGGCUGCUGAGGUACAGGGUUCUCCUGUAGGCCCCAGGGAUGGUCUCUUAGGGGUGCUGAGUGCGUGCGUGGUAAAUGGAUGGAGCCCAGGGGCGCCUCCUGCCAGUGUCCUCCAGGCACUCAAACCUAGCCCUUCUGAAGCCGACCUCACGUGACCUCACAGCCCCUCCUGAAGAUGCCUCACUGAUGACGGUGGGUGGAAUAACAGCCCCCAGAGAUGUCCAGGUUUGGAACCCCAGGACGUGGGAAAGUGUUACCUUGCGUGGCAAAAGGGACCCGGCGCCUGUGCUUCAGUUCAGGAUUUCGUGGUGGGGAGAUGACCGUGGAUGGUUGAGGUGGGCCCCGAGUAAUAAUGGGGGCCCUUAUAAGGGAAGGGGAGUCACGAGGGUCUGCGCAUGAAGCAAGGAAGCUUCUGGCUGUGAAGAUGGCAAGAAGGCCUGGGGCCAGGCGAUGAGGUGGCCCCUGGAGGAGCUGGAAAAGGCAUUGGAUUCUGCCCCAGAGCCUCCGUGGAGAAACAAAGCCGCACUGACAAGACUUCAGCCCAGUGAAAACUAUUUUGGACUCCUGACCUCUAGAACUGUAAGAUAAUAAAUUGGUGUGGUUUUCAGCCUCUCA